AAUAUUAUUUGUCAAUGUUUCAGAGCCUCUUUGAAGAUAUCAACCGGGAAGUUAUGCUCGGUUCACUGAUGGGUGUGCUGUUGCACAGUUGGGGAGAUACGUCAGUGCUUGUCACGGCAGUCAGCAAGACUAAACCUACACCAUCCUCCUUUCUCCCACUGGUGGUGGACUACAGGCAGAAAGCUGCUGCAGCCGGACGUAUACCGACAAACUUUUUAAGAGACGAGAGCUAGGGCCAUCAGAAACAAGAGGUUCUAACCAGUCGAUUAAUUGAUAGAUCGUUAAGGCCACUUUUUCCAAAAAACUACAUGUUUGAUACUCAGAUAAUGUGUAAUUUAUUAGCAGUGUGAUAGUAUGCACCACGCUGAUGUUUUAAGUAUUAAUGCCGCGUCAGCUGCCUUUGAGUUUGUCGGAUAUCCCUUGGAAUGGACCCAGUGGGUGCUGUACGUGUAGGAUUAUGUGAUAACGAAGUUAGUUAUCAAUCCCACACGUAGGGAACAGGCCAGCAGUGAUUUGAAUUUAGUGGUUUCUGCAACCUCUCAAAGUUUAGUUAGUUGUGAUGCUGGAAAGGUUCAGCUAAUAAUGAUUUAAUCAGCAGGAUUUUCUAAAAGGCAAUCAAAGCCGGUGUGAAAGAGUGCCAGAAGAUAGUACAGACAAUUUUCCAAUUGCAGAAUAGCUGUGGUAAGCCAAUAGCGGACGUAUGAAACAAAGUCAGAGCCAGACAAAUCUGUGGUGGAGUCUGUGAGGGCACUGAGUGAGAUGCGACUGCGAGAAGUGUUCCAGGACUACGAGCAUGACAAGCUGUCACGAGAUGAGGCUGUCAGGAACAUUCACAAUGACGUGUUAGAGAAGAUAAGGUUAGGAAUGGAGGCACCUCCAGAUCAAGAGACACUGUCCAGGAUAUUUGGUAAUAAUGCAAGAGAAACAUUUCGAGACUUGAUAUUUGAAAAUAAUAAGAGAUGUGAUGGUCGUCGCCCUAGACCAACUGAGGGCGAUCAGCUGUUGAGGUGGAUCUAUACAAACCUCUCCAUGGCUCAGCACUGUUCCAGCGAGGCCAGACACAAGUGUUGUGCACCGUAGCGCUUGACUCGCUUGAGUCGGCUGUUAAAUCUGAUCCAGUCUCUGUACUUCUCAGGUCAGACUCAAACCGUUAA